AGGCUGGAAUCAGAGCCUUAAUGAGAUGAGUUGUGUUUUGAUUCUGGGUUUUAGAUGUCUGUGGUUCACUUUCACUAGCCUACAUUGCACGGCUUACUGCUACCUCUUCACAGUCUAGCUUUCCUGGGGCAAACAUGUCUUCCACUUUUAGUAAAACUCCGUGUAUGUUUGGACAGGGUGCAAUCUCUUUUUGGGAGAACAAAUUGUUUAAAACGAUGUUUGCCUGGUGUAAAGCGCACUUGAAUGAUUUAUUACCUUGUUCAUACAAUCUGUGUAACAUUAAACAGAGAAUGUGCUUGUGGAGAGAAGGAGGUGGGCUGAAAUAGCAGCAAAUCAUGCUAAUUUCUGAUAAGACAGAUGGCAGCCCAAGGUAGUGAUGACAGGAAAAGGAAGUCAGAUGACUGACAGGCCCCAGGGAAAAUUACCUCCUUGGAGUGCUUAGAAUGGGCUCAGCAAACUGUGCCCUUCAGGCCAAAUUUCAUCUACCGCCCAUUUGUAUGGCCUGUGAGCUAAGAAUAGUUUUUAUUGGUGAACGUUUCUAAUUUAUAGUUUAAGGAUAGGCUCUCUUCCCUUUUGCGGCCAUCGCCCAAGCGGGAGCUGCCAAAAUGAAGUUCAAUCCCUUUGUGACUUCCGACCAAAGCAAGAAUCGCAAAAGGCAUUUCAAUGCACCUUCCCACAUUCGCAGGAAGAUUAUGUCCUCCCCUCUUUCCAAAGAGCUGAGACAGAAGUACAGCGUGCGAUCCAUGCCCAUCCGAAAGGAUGAUGAAGUUCAGGUUGUACGAGGACACUAUAAAGGUCAGCAGAUUGGCAAAGUAGUCCAGGUGUACAGGAAGAAAUACGUAAUCUACAUUGAACGGGUGCAGCGGGAAAAGGCUAAUGGCACAACUGUCCAUGUAGGCAUUCACCCCAGCAAGGUUGUUAUCACUAGGCUAAAACUGGACAAAGACUGCAAAAAGAUCCUUGAACGGAAAGCCAAAUCUCGCCAAGUAGGAAAGGAAAAGGGCAAAUACAAGGAAGAAACAAUUGAGAAGAUGCAGGAAUAAAGUAAUCUUAUAUACAAGCUUUGAUUAAAACUUGA